GAAAUCAGUCAGGCGGGAUGGAAAAUUCAUGACAGCUCGAUUCUCCUGUGGAUGGUGCUGUUGUAGUGGUUACAGCGCAGCAGACCAUUAUAAAGGCAGAUGUCUGUUUGAUUUUAAUCCUUUGGUCUUUUAUGUUGUUAAUUAAAUUGCGUAUAGGAAGGAUGUCUACGCUUGACUUUCACAUGCAGUUUUCUGCUUUGAAUCUCAUUAUUAUCUCUUUGUAUUGUACAUUUAUCUGACAGCUUUAGCUGCUCAUUACUUUUCAGAUUACAGUCUUCCAUCCCCUUCCUGUCCAGUGAGAACCACGUAACUCCAUAUUUGUUGAUUUUGAAUUUGAAUGUCUCUGAUAACCAGAAGGAUAGUAUAUGGGUUUAGAAAACCUUCUUACUUCUUAAACUAAAUUAACUAUCUUUAAAAACAUCUGGUUAGCUGAAAAAUGCAUCGCCACAAAGCUGAAAACAGGGCUGUUUCUGAUACUUUUUAGAGAUGCGUUGGUUGUCACAUGAAACUAUAGAUUAAACCCAACAGUAGGCCUAUAUAAAGUAUUUAAAAUUAGUGCGACAGGGACCAUUUUACUACACAGUGAGUACUUUUGAAAUGUUGCUGAUAAUACUUUUACUCCUGUGCAGGACUUUUACUUGUAGUUAGAGUAUUUAAACAGUGUAGUUUUGCUACUUUUUGAAUAGUAAAGAAUAUGACUACCACUUCCACCACUGUUUAAAUUAAAUUUUCCAGGUACUGUAGGCUAGUCAUCACCGGGCUGCUGCUGUGUGUCAUAGUGCGGGUCUGUCAGCAGGUGGCGCCUCACAGCGGACAUGAGCUGCCUCAGCUCCUCGGUGCUCAGAUCCGCCUCUGUGGGACUCGGUUCAGCAUCUGUCGGCAGCUCUCCUCCCGUUAUAUUCGCUCACGCGUCGCGUCAGUGCUGCACGGUCUUGGUCGAUAGCUUUUAGUAUUCAUUUCCAGGCUGCACAAAUAUUUUUUUAACGUGUCUGAAAAAAGGAGUGUUUUUUUUUUUUUUGAAGAAUAUGGAAAAAGAGAGAAAAUCCUCUAAACAGUACGGCUCUUUGGAAAAGACGCAGGUGGACGGAGAGACAGAAAAAUCAACAGAGGAUGUCAUUUCCAUGGCUGACUCCACAAUUACAGUUGAGGACAUUGAAGGAGAGCUGUGCAAAAUUGAGCGGAUAAGAGACAUCCUGGUACGGAGAGAAUCAGAGCUGAGAUACAUGAUGGAUGACAUACAGCUCUGCAAAGAAAUCACAAGGCUGAAGACGGAGCUGCACAAACUUGUGUCAAUUCCAGACAAGGACAAGUCCAAGGAGGACAGGGAGAGGGAAGAAGAGCUGCUGCAGCAGAUCAACAAGCUGGUAGAGACCAGAGACUUCCUCGUGGAUGAUGUGGAGUUUGAAAGGCUGAGGGAAAGAGAGGAAGACAGAGAAAUGGCAGCCUUCUUACAGUCCAAAUUUUCCAAGACAUUGGCUGCAAAAGGUGCUUUGCAAGAUCAAUCGGUGGCAUCCAAAUCCCAGCAGACGUCAGCACCAUUUCUCCCUAAAACUGGACUUACGCUUCUGAAAGACUGCUGCGGCUUCACCUGCACCAUCAUGUAACACUGUGCAGACCAAAGCACAGAAUUCUACCUGCCUCUACGUGUGUGUGUGUGUGUGUGUGUGUGUGUGUGUGCGUGUGCGUGUAUGCACAUGUGAGCUUUCAUGCUUUCAUGUGUAUAUGUCUGCCCUAUUGAGAAAGAUUUUCUUCAUUAAUCUUCAAAUGCUCACAUGAUGUAAGAGAUGUGUAUUUUAAUAUAUUAUGUGAUUAGUUAUUGUGUUUAUAUGUCUUUCGGUGGGGGCCUGAGUGGCUUAUAGAUAUACUAAUGGUUAUGUCCAAUUAAGGUAAUUAGAUAUUAUGAUGGCUGCUCUGACUAUUCAUCGUGAUGUAUUAGACACUGUGAGAUUCUGUCCCUGAGGCAACAAACUACACUUGCUGAUCUCCCUUUGCCAGUUCCUUUAGUAAUGUAGCCGUAUAAUAAUAACAUUGUUAGGACUGCAGCUAGUGAUUACUUUUGGUAUUGAUUAAUCUUUUUUCAUCAUUCAAUUCAUUGUUUGGCCAGUUAACUUUGGCUGUACAGCAGAAGAGCGAUGCAGUAUAUUAAGUAAGGUGACAAUGUUUUGAGUAAAAUGUAAAACUUGUACGUUCUGUAGGUCAUUGGGAUCCUGAUGUAUGCAGAGGGCUUUCCUUCUGCAUAAAUAUAUGUUUCAUUGCUACUCAGUUUAUCAGUCCACUACUUAAACCAAAGUCUUUGUCUAAACUGGAUGUAAUUAGUCUUACAGUAAUGUAAUAUACCUUACAGUAUGUGUUUUAAAAUAAUGGGUCUAUAAUCAGUUCCUGUGUGACUAUGCUGCUAUAAUAAAUACUUUUAA